CCCGAUGCCCCAGCGAUUGUGUCGACGUAUUCAAGAUGGCGAGCAGGGUGAGCGAAAUCAUGGCACAGGCAAACGAAAACUUAACGGAAUACCAAAAUGCAAGUACAGCAAGAACACCGUCGACGCCCGAAGGAAUGGCGAUUGCGUACGGUAGUCUCAUUAUUAUGGCCAUUUUACCGAUUUUCUUUGGUAGCUAUCGUGCGGUCAAACACCAUAAGGAACAGCAGCAAUUGUAUAAAACCAGUGGCGAGCAGCCUGACACGAUGUCCCGCAGAGAAGCUGCCAUGUUUCCUCUCAUUUCUAGUAUUACUUUAGUUGGGUUGUAUAUAUUAUAUAAGGUAUUUGCAAAGGAGUAUGUUAAUCUGAUAUUAGCUGGAUAUUUCUUCUUUCUUGGUAUUUUAGCCUUGUGUCAUCUUACAAGCCCAUUGAUUUCGUCAUUAGUACCUGCUGCGAUUCCAAAGACACAAUAUCAUAUUUUAUUUACCCAAGGAAAGGAUGAUAAAGAAGAGCAUGUAAUUAAUUACAAAUUUAAUCUCCAUGACAUUGUGUGCCUUGUGUGCUGCUCACUUGUAGGUGCUUGGUAUCUUUUGAAAAAACACUGGAUAGCUAACAAUCUGUUUGGCAUAGCAUUUGCCAUUAAUGGAGUCGAGUUGUUACAUCUCAACAAUGUCGUGACUGGGUGCAUUUUACUUUGUGGUCUUCUGUUUUAUGAUGCUUUUUGGGUGUUUGGUACAGAUGUAAUGGUGACAGUUGCAAAGUCCUUUGAAGUGCCCAUUAAACUUGUGUUUCCGCAAGAUCUCUUAGAAAAGGGAUUGAAUGCUGGUAACUUUGCCAUGUUGGGAUUAGGUGAUAUUGUAUUACCUGGUAUUUUUAUUGCCUUACUCUUGCGAUUCGACAACAGUUUGAGCAGGAAGACCAACAUCUACUUCUAUUCAACAUUUUUUGCAUACUUUAUGGGAUUACUCGCCACCAUGACGAUUAUGCACUUAUUUAAUCAUGCACAACCUGCUCUGCUGUAUUUAGUACCUGCAUGCGUAGGCACGCCAUUGCUCUUGGCGUUGAUCAAGGGAGACCUUAAGGCGCUAUUUUCAUAUGAAGAUCAUCCGUCACCACCUACGAAUGUGCGACAAUCUGAACAGACACGAGUUGAAGUGAAAAAGGAUAAAUAAUAACCUAAUUUAAUGCAAAGAGCACACAGUGCAAUUUACGACAUUAUCCUCUAAUUAUCUUUCGAGUUCAUUGUGCGUAUGGAAAAGGGAAAAAAUAAGUAAUAGUUAAUAAUUUGUGCUCAGAACAUACAAUCACGCAUUGUAAAAUACAAUAUUUUAUAAUUAUAUCUUGCAUGUGCAUAAAUUGCAAGAUAUAUCGACAUGAUUCACAAUGCGUUCGCGGAUAUUGUUUCGCUCUGAAGAGGAAGAAUCCAGAAGGAUUUAGAACUGUGAUAUCCAAGAGCGCCAUUUCAUUUGCAUGUAAAAGAAAAUCUUUAUCAUUUAUGUAUGGUAUCGAUGAUCAACGUUUCGAGAUAGUGCAAUAGAAAAAGGCACUGUUAAAAGUGUUAACGAUAAAGAAUUUCAUUGUUUUAUUGCUUGAGAGAAAGAAAGAGUAGAAUAAAAAUACUUUCAAUUGAUUUAUAUUUUGUAUGCAGUAUGUACGAUAGACUGCUAUAACGAGUCUACUUGAGUUUUGCGUGUUUAUGGUGCAUUGUAUAAUUUAAAAUUUUUUAAAUUUAAUUUAAUAAAAGUUUCAAUUCUACUAAUUCCAAUUAUCUAUAAGUUUUUACUAAUAUUCUAGAAUUUCUGAUAACUUUUUUACCAUGUGUGAGUGAUAAUCACAAAUUGUAAAUGUAAAAAUAAUUUUGUUUCUUUGCGACGCAUUAAACGAAUUAAUAUUAAGUAUCAGGAAAAAGAAUAGGCCUCGUCUACAAUGAGUUGUAAGGGAGGAGUCCCAUGAUGCGGAUUAUGCGGAACAAACGGAUCACCAAUCGUAGGACCAUUUCGACGGAAUCUUUGAAAGAGUUCUAUCAGAAUGAUCCACUCGUUCCACUUCCGCAUAAUCCGCUUCAUGGGGGUCCACCUUUAGUCGUUGGCCGUAAAAAAUCUAGCCAAUCACAAUUGAUCUUAGAGAAGAAUAAGCGAACAUGAUGGUUUAAAUUUCUUACCAACAACGACUCAUUGUAAAUGAAGCUUAAGAAGUUAUUUCCUAUGAAAUUAUUAUAAUGAGAUGUUAAGCAUGUAUGUACAUACAAUAUUGUACUUGUAGUACUCAAAAACAUACAUACAUACAUACAUGCGCGCGCGCGCGUGUGUGUGCGUGUGUGACAAAUAUUUAAUGAAUUUAUUAAAAUAAAUGUAUUGAAA